CUCUCAUCGCUCGCAUGUACCGCGGCGGCAACAACGCUACCGGUGGCGCCAUCGCGCGGAACGAAACGGUAACCUUUGGCGAGUUUCUGAGGUACGUGUCCGACCCCGUGUCGUACACUAACGAUCCUGUCGUCGGCCGCUACCGUAGGGUCGGCCACAACCCGCACUGGGCGACGGCGGUGAGUCUGUGCAACCCGUGCCACGUCGACUACGACUUUGUCGGCAUGUACGAGAAUCUAGAGCACGAGGCGGCGCUGCUGCUCAAGUUGGUCGGCCUCGACGAUGUCGUCAAGUUCCCGACGAAGAUGGACACGCAAUACGUCGGCCCGUCGACGCACAGCCUGAUGCGUGAAAUGUACAAGAACAUUUCUGUCAGCCUGAUGCAGCGAGUGACGCAAGUCUACGCAGCCGACUUUCACGCGUUCGAUUUCGGCGAAACGUGAUGAUCACCUAUAUUUAUUUACGACGUACAUUAUAUCAGGAGUGAAUAAUAAUAAAUUAUUAUUAUAAUCUAUUAUUAUUCACUCCUGAUUAUAUUAUUGGUGCUAUCAGAAAAAUCAGAACAAUCUAGUAUGUUAUUUCUAUGCCAGCGACGCAGGCACGCGCGUCGUGCAACGAUGUAUCAUUUUAAUUAUAUUUGUAAUUUUCAGCUGCAAUCUCCUUUCUGCACUUUCAUUCGUCAUUCUUUCACGCGUUUUUUAUAUACUAGCCGAAACAUCCACAUGUGCGUAGUAGGAUCAGUAAGCAAACACUUUUUUCUUCAAGUUAUAAUAAUUCUAAAAUGUCAUAACUUUUGCUGUGUAAAUGUUAUUGUAUUUUUGGCGCUUCAUAAGGAAAAAGCAUGACACUUCUGACACUGGGUCACAGCGUUAGAGAAAAUUAGGAAAAAUUACGAAUCAAAAAAAUAUAAUAAAAUAUACAAAAGAUG